AUGAAGGACGCUGGAUUCGUCCCUAUGUCAACAGAGAUGUGUCUCUUCAAGCAUGAGAAGCUGGGCGUACUGGUUCUCAUUUAUGUGGACGACAUCCUGAUCGCUGGUCCUACCUUGAAGGAUUGCGAGACCGUUCGUGACCUCUUGGCCGUUCACUUUGAGCUUAAAGAGAUGGGAUUGAUAUCCAAGUUCCUUGAACUCCGAAUUCGACGGAACCUUGAUACAAAUCAGGUAUUCAUUAAUCCAGAGGAAUACAUCAGGAAGAAUGUAUCCAAGUACGGCAAGGAGACCACCAAAUACAUGGGAACACCCUGGAAGACAGACACUGUGAUUCCGCCUUCCUGGGAAUCGGUUUCAGACAUUCUGAAGAAGCGUUAUCUCAAACAGACUGGUUCCCUCAACUACGCCUCUAUAAAUACACGCCCUGACAUCGUGAAGACCAUCAGCAUCUUGUGUGAGGCCAAUUCCAACCCUGGGAAGACCCAUUUAGAGAUACUCAAGCAUCUCUGGCGUUACUUGGCUAGCACUGCGUCCUUUGGCAUCACCCUGGGAAGAAAACACCCAAUUGACGACCUGAAGAUCAGAAUCUGGGCCGAUGCUGCAUUUGCAGACGUUCUGGGCUCCAGAAAGUCAACAGGAGCGCAUAUUGCCUCCAGUACAGAGGCAGAAUUCAUCAACCUUACGCCUGCUGGUCUUACGGCCAUCUGGAUUGCCAAAUUGCUGGAGGAACUAGGCUACAAGCAACCCAAGCCAAUACUACUUCACACGGAUUCCGCAAAUGCCAGAGCUAAUGCUCUCAACCCUCUGAAUGCAGCCAGAACCCGCCAUAUUGAUAACCGCUACAAGUGGAUCAUCAACCGAGUCCAGAUGGGAUACUUCACGAUCGUACAGGUGGGUACGAAUGACAUGCAAUAUUAA